UAUGAUCACUUUUCACAUGACCGAUGGUCUAUCGUCAUCGCCCAUUUUCUGUCGUUUUAUGACAAUUCUGGGCUAAAUACUUACUUUUAGUCCGCAAACGUCCACUAGCUUUAGUAAUAAGCCUUCAAAAUGGCGUUUAGCUUAGUGUUCACGUUGUUAGCCCUUAGCGCGGUAAGUUACGCGACCAAUGUGCCAGUGUACCUAUGGGGUGAUCUGGCCAAGACUUCGUUAAAAGCGAGCCCCUUAUACACCGUGGAACCCGAAGAAUUCAGUGGUAUUCUGAAGGAGGAACUGUCCAGGGACCCUUUCACGGUGAUAUUCAUCGAAGAAACGUUGUCUGUUGAAGAUUUUUCACGUAAGAACGCCGAAGGUAAAACCUCGUUCCCGUUUCUGAGGGCCAACGUCCGUAAUUCGGCUUAUUUGCCGUCGGUGGAGAACGCGCUAGGCGCGCUGAACAAGCUCGCCGAUCCCGAGAAAGUGAAUCACGUGAAGCUUACCGAGAAUGGUCUGUCUGCUGAAAUCGAGCCAGAAAGUGGUAAAUUCUUAUUUAUCAACCUUAAGGACGCUAAAGAGGGGGAAUCACGCUUUGACCUGCUGCGCCGCCACAAUGACUUCAUGGAAGAUAUGUUCAGCAAGCUUCAGGAGCGUUACGAGACAGUUGUGGCUAUUUACACUGCUCACUUCCCGUCUUGGACGGUGAGCCACUCCCGCGCCCGUCGCCAGGCUCAAAGCAACGAGACCCAGAGCGAUAGCUCCACAUUGAUGUUCGACGGGCUGCUCCUGGCCUACAAAAGCAUGAGACUGAUUGAUGAUAAUGAUGAGACUGUGUUGACGGCCAUCACUGGGUCUUCCGUCAUUGAUGCUAAUGCUACGACACCUACGCAGAACUCCACCCUCACUUCGGGAGAGAACACCAUUGUACUCUACUUCACACAGGAGCCGGGAUAUUGGAUUUUGCAAAAGGCCUCCUGGUCCAACAGCACCGACUCCAAGGAUCUAACACCAGCCCAGGACCUGACGGUGCCGCUGGGCUUCAGCUACCGCUGCGCGCAGAACGUCUCCUUCACGCACGUCAACGACUCCAAGCAUUUCACCCUGACCUUCACCGAUCUGAAGAUUCAGCCGUUCUUCACCAGCAACUCCUCCGGACUCGUGUUCGGAGACUCGCUCAACUGCGUCGGGUUCUUCACGGCCCCCAUCUGGGCCUCCCUCUUCGUCACCUUCAUACUCCUCUCCAUAAUGUUCUUCGGCAUCAUGAUGAUGAUGGACAUUCGCACCAUGGACCGCUUCGACGACCCCAAGGGCAAGACCAUCACCAUCAAUGCGGCUGAGUAAGUUUCUAAGC